UUCUGGCGGCUGGCUUGCUGCUCGGCAACAACCACCAACGCUCCCAGCCCUCCACAGGUCGCCAUGUCCAGGAAGGUCGUGAGGACCAGCAAGUUCCGCCACGUCUUCGGCCAGGCGGCCAAGGCGGACCAAUGCUACGACGACAUCCGCGUCUCCCAGAUGACCUGGGACAGCAACUUCUGCUCCGUCAACCCCAAGUUCGUGGCCAUGAUCGUGGACGCCAGCGGGGGCGGGGCCUUCAUGGUGCUGCCGCUCGGCAAGACGGGCCGUAUCGACAUGUCCUACCCCACCGUGUGCGGACACACGGGUCCCGUGUUGGACAUCGAGUUUUGUCCUCACAACGACAAUAUCAUCGCCAGCGGCUCGGAGGACUGCAGCGUCAUGAUCUGGGAGAUCCCGGACGCCGGGUUGACCUCGCCGCUCACGCAGCCUGUGGUCAAGCUGGAGGGUCACUCCAAACGUGUUGGCAUCCUCAGCUGGCACCCCACGGCUCACAACGUCCUGAUGAGUGCAGGCUGCGACAACGUGGUGAUUCUGUGGAACGUGGCCCGCGGCGAGGCGGCCGUCAGGAUCGACAGCGUGCACUCCGACCUCAUCUACAGCGCCAGCUGGAACCGCGACGGCUCCAAGAUUGUGACCUCCUGCAAGGACAAGAUGCUGAGGGUGCUGGACCCUCGCAAGGGCACCGUCCUCUUCGAGAAGGAGAAACCUCAUGAGGGCUCCAGGCCGGUCCGGGCCGUGUUUGUGUCUGACAGGAGGAUCCUCAGCACCGGCUUCAGUCGCAUGAGUGAGAGGCAGGUGGCACUGUGGGACCCGGAGAAGUUUGGCGAACCGCUGAACUUGCAGGAAUUGGACACCAGCAGCGGCGUCCUGCUUCCCUUCUACGACCCCGACACGGGCGUCUUCUACCUCUGUGGCAAGGGCGACAGCAGCAUCCGCUACUUUGAGGUGACGGAGGAGGCGCCGUACGUGCACUACCUGUCCAUGUACAGCAGCAAGGAGAGCCAGAAGGGGAUGGGCUACAUGCCCAAGAGGGGCCUGGAGGUCAACAAGUGUGAGAUAGCCAGGUUCUACAAACUCCACGAGAGGAAGUGCGAGCCCAUCGUCAUGACGGUGCCGAGGAAGUCCGACCUCUUCCAGGAGGACCUCUACCCCGACACCAUCGGGCCGGAACCAUCCGUGGAGGCGGACGAGUGGUUCGGCGGCAAAGACGCCCCGCCCGUCCUGAUCUCCCUCAAGGACGGUUUCGUCAGCACCACCAAAGCCAAAGAGUUCAAAGUUCACAAGAGCCUCCUGAAGACGACCAGCGCCUCCGCAGGCGGGAACCACGUGGACGGCGGCGGGGAGCUGCAUGCGCUGAGGAGGGACCUCAAGGACGUGAAAGCUGCGCUGGAGGAGCUGAGCAGUCGCGUGAGCGCCCUGGAGGGCAAACAUUAAAUUCAAGCAGAGGACUUUCACUCAAAAUCACAGCAAAAUAGAAAACACGUGGCCCCCCCCCCCCCCCCCCCAAACAUCGUUCAAAACACCGUAGAAACACAAAGAGGAAUAUUUGCUGCAUUCCUGUUGGUACAAUCCCCCGUUUUUAAUACAAGUUUACGGUUUUACUUUGAAAUAAAUCACAAUUUUACAAUCGCAU